AGGAAUUUCAAACGAGCGGCACAAAAUGAUGGAAAUACUGCCAUUAUCGGAGUCCGACCGGGGAAUCUCCCGAUUGCAACAGGCGAUCGACAAGGAACUGUUCAUAUCUCGUUGUAGGAAUCGUUUAAAAGGGAAAAAGAAUCUUCAAAAGUACCUCCCGGAACGGUCCAGCUUCCUGUACGCAAUCCUGGGCGGCCAGAGCGGAAACCUGAACCUGCGAACGAACGUGUACAAGGAUUUUCUGGGCGAGUCGGAUCGGUCGGACGAACUGAAGAACAAGGUGAUCAGCUCGAUGAUUCCGGACGAGGUGUUGUGCAGCGCCCGGGACUACCGGCCGCGCCGCUUCAUGACGGCGAUGAUGUUUGCCGACAUUUCCGGCUUCACCGACCUCUCGGAAAAGUUCAACGAACCGGGCAAGGGCGGCGCCUCCAAGCUGUCCCAGGUGUUGAACUCCUAUCUCGGCGCGAUGGUCCAGGAGAUCCUGUCGCAUGGCGGCGACAUCCUCAAGUUUUCCGGCGAUGCGUUCCUGGUGCUGUUCAAGGUGACGCAGUCGAUCUCACUGCCGGACGCGACCCACCGGGCCAUCGACACGGCCAUCAUCAUCCAGCGCUCGUUUGGGGCGUACGAAACCGAGGUGGGCGUCACGCUGCGGGUCAAGAUUGCCAUCUCGGCCGGCGAGGUUUACUUUUCGUUGAUUGGGACGGAACGCUUCUCGCACUACAUCGUCAUUGGGCAGCCCGUGUGGAAGGUCAAGCUGGCGGAGCGGAUCGCUGAGGCCGGGGACAUUGUGGUCAAUCAUUAUGCUUGGACCUACAUCCACGACAACGAGUACAUCUCGGAAGCGUGCGAAGACAAGGUGCACUUCAAGAUCAAGGGAUUCACAAGCAACUGGCGGUCGACGCAGCGGUUGAACAUCUUUGACAUUCUGCAGAACGAUCUGGAUCUGGACGAGAGCAACUCGGAGUUGAUGCUGGGUGACGACGAGAUGAAGUUUGACAGUGAAACGCUGGAGAUAAGACCAAGUUUGAAGCACGUGGGAUCUCGAGCAAUGUCGUCAUCCCUGCGAAGAUUCAUGAUCAAACCGAUUCUGUUCGCGAUCGACGCGCAAGAACCGCUGGAAUUUCUAACCGAAAUGCGUCAAAUUGUGACGGUCUUCUUGAACAUUGUUCUGAAACCUAAGGAAGUAACGCUUGUGAUUGAGGAGAUCAAGACGAUUUUCACGUCACUUUGCUCACUCGUAGAUCGUUACGAAGGCACCGUCAACAAAGUGUCGCUGUUCGACAAGGACGUAAUGUUUCUGAUCAUUUUCGGACUUCGCGGGAACAAGCACGACCUGGACUGCCAGUUGGCGUUGCGUUGUGCGGCCGAAAUUCGCGAUCAAUACCGGUCCAACGCCCGGGUCCUGUCGGCAUCGAUCGGAGUCACGACGGGGGUGAGCUAUUGCGGAGUCGUGGGUCACUUUGUCCGCCGCGAGUACUCGGUCAUUAGCGUGACGGUCAACAAGGCGGCUCGGCUUAUGAUGGCCUACCCGAAAAAGGUGACCUGCGACAAGGACACGUUUAUGAUGAGCAAGCUGGAUCCGGUGCACUUUACGCUGCAGGAGGCGAUCGAGCUGAAGGGCUUGCAGAACGUCGGACCGAUCUAUGAGUUCAAGGAGAUUAUACCGGAGCGUGAAAUGGUGAAACCCGUCGAGUACCACUUUCCGAUUGUGGGCCGCGACGAGAUCCUGGAGGUGUUCCAAGAAAUGCUCGAAGACGGCAUGUUUUUGACAGAGCACUUGAUCGCGGACGGUGGGGCCAACAUUGGAAGCUACACAAACCAGAGCUGUUUGCUGAUCCGGGGCAAGGCUCAAAUGGGCAAGACUCGACUGCUGAACGAGCUGUUCCAUCUGGCGUUGAAGAACAAGAAGAUUAGCGCGCUCAGACUGACGUUGACCAUGGCGGAUUCGAAGAAACCUUUCUCGGCCGCAAAUCUUUACUUGUCAAGACCGUUGGGUUUCACCGAAACCAUCACGAGAAUUACGCGUCAAAAACGGAUCGAGCAAUAUUUGGCGGAACACAAUUUGCAACCUCAACUCGCUCUUCUAAAUGAUAUUCUUGAUGUUGAAUUCCCUCAAACGGAAAUCCUUCGCAUGAUGAACAAAUCCGAACAAGAAGCGAUGCGCCGCAAGUUGUUUGGACUGCUGUGCGAAAAGGCGUUCCAAAACUUGUGGGUGUUGAUCAUCGACGAUGUCGAGUACAUGGACGAGGAGUCGUUCGAAAUGUUUGACAUUUUGUGGAGGAUGCCCCAGAUGAUAACGGUGCUGGCGAUGGGAUAUCAGCGCCGGCUGCAGCCCCAGCACGAGAACUUUUUCGUAAAUCCCCACGUGUGCCAACUCAAGUUGACGCCGAUUGACACGUUGCUGCACAAGGCGAUCGCGUGCCAGUUUCUGAACGUCAACGCAAUUCCACUCGAUCUGGAACGAGCAAUUCACGUAAUGAGCAACGGCAAUCCCGGCUGGAUCAACACGAUGAUGAUCUCGCUGAAGCAGAGUGGUCUGUUACGCAUUGUCCGGAUGGGCUCCUUUGAGGCCCAGGCCAAGGGUUAUGUAUUUUGCGAAGGGAACUACCUGCUAAGGACCAGCACCCGGUCGACGAUGUCGCUGCGGCUGAGCAACAGUGACUGGGAUCUGUUUGAAACGUGCUGCGACGACGAUCAGUUCCUGCCGUUUGCCCACUCUAACUUCUCCACCAAGCUGGUAGACGUGGCUUGUUUGAAGGGUAGUAUCGACGCCCUGCACUACGUACCCGCCACCAGCCAGGACGCUUUCCUGUUGAUGCUGUACGACUCGCUGUCGUCCUACGAGCAGUACGUUUGCAAAUGCGCCGCCGUUCUUGGCGAAAAAUUUUUGCGGGCGGCACUGAUGUUCGUUAUUGCUCAAGACAACGAGCGAGAUGUAGCCGUCGCCAUCAAAAAACUAUUUGACCUUCGGAUAUUGUCCUGCGCCAUCGGGGACUUUGGCACAGGGUUCAGCCUGUACCAGCGGAAUGUAAACACGGACAAGCUGGAAGCGAAUACGUGCGGCUGUACGAAUCUGACGAUCUCCAGAGCUUGCCGCGAUCUGCCGCGAUACGCCGCGUGUGGGUACUCGAAAUUUCAUUCUAAUUUAUUCCACCAGACUGUCUACAAUCUGCUGACGGAGGAGCAAAAGACCGAGUUCCACAGCCGAGCCCUAACGUUUGUAGAACGUGAGACGACCAAGUGUGGUCCCUGCGGAGGGGGCCCGUUCCGCAACUUGAUCUCCACCGAUGAUCAGUUUGAAGUUGUUAUGGGUUUUCAACGGCGGCGGGACUCCGAUCUGAUGGGCAGGAAUCAACUGUACCGGAGUGGAGAAAGUGGAUUCUCUAUUCAGUCCAGUCAGUGUCCUCCCAACCCGUUGGACUGUCUGUGGUGGCGCAAGGGCGACUUUACUACGGGGAGUAGAGUUCCGAUUCUAAGCUAUCGGGAGUUUAACUUUAGCCAGUGCCGUUGCCACACUAUCGAGUAUUCGAUGUACAAAGAGAUAGUGUUUCACAGUCACGGCGCAGGACUGACGGAACGCCACGUGGAGGCUCAAAUUGAGUGGGCGAACUGCUGCAUCCGGAUUGCAAACAUCCCGAAGGCGAUCCAGAUGCUGAACAGUGUGAAGAAUCAAAUUCAGGAGAUUGACCGUCCGGACAACAUUGCUCUGACGACCUACCUGAAGGGUAGACUGUUCACACUGCUAGGGGUUUGCCGGUUGGAGAUCAAACAGUACACUCUUGCAGCGAAACACUUUUACCGUGCCGCGGAGAUUCUCGGAAUGCCGUUUCCAAAGUCAGAAAAAUCCGCCACGAUCCGCUUCAAGCUGCUGUUCUGCAAGGUGAAAAAGAUGGUCCGCAAGCGGGAGCUGCUCGCGCCGAAGCGUCCCAAGUCGGUCUGGUACGUGCUGAUUUCGUCCCAGCUGUCCUCCUGCUUCGGCGGGAUGUUCAACAUGUUCCGCAAGCUAACCCAGUGGAAGUUUGCCCAGCUGGCAGCCGUGUGGAGCCUCAAGCAGGCGCUCAAGUACCGGCGUAAUCCGUCGGUGCUGGUCGACGCGUUUGCGAACUUGUUUCAAAUAGCAUUUCACAUGGGAUUCUCCGAAGAUAUUGCCUGGAUGCAGGAAAAAUCUCUUGAAAUCGUAGCGGACAACGUCAACAACGUCGAUAUGGACUACAUGAAAACUAUAAUAAGAUAUUACACAGCGUUGCUUAUGUGCCAAACAAUCCGCUCCACGAAGUUGCUAUCGAUCGAGCUGGGCAAGGUGGUGCUGAAGAUCAGCGACACGUUGCAGUACAAAAUUGGCGAGUGGCACAUCAUCCCCAUCCUGGCGGAGUUGUUGAUGUCCCAUCGGAAGGUGUCCGAGGCCGUUACCAUGCUGUACAGCUUCCAAAACCUGGCCGAACGCUACCAGGACAGUUCCGGGAAGGCGUGGUACUACGCGAUCGCCAUCGACAUUCUGCUGGACACGAGCUGUUGCAUUGCAACGUACAAGCAGUGCGAGAAUUUCUACUUGAAGAAUAGUGAAGCUUUGGGCUACCAGAGGGAUGCUUACGCGGUGACCCGGCUGUACGCCGAUCUUUGGCUGUGGUGCGUUCGGUAUGGGGCGUGGGAGAUUGCCGACACGUGGAUGAAUAAGCUGCAGGAGGUGUUUGUGUUGACACCGCACGAUUCGAUGAUCAACGUGCAUACGGCGAUUCGGGUCCUGGAGGGACUGAUUCUGACGCUGGUGAACAAGAUUGAAGCACGUAGUAUCCUGGCGAUCGUGCGUCUCCAGAGUGAGAUCGAGGACCUGUGCGAGAAAAUUGAAAACGCGCUGCAGAUCAGCAAGUGUCAUGAAGUCAAAUUCAACCUGCGGAAAAUGUACUACAAACAAGUGGUAAAUCCCUCGGCCAAAACCAUGAAGAAACUGACCAAUCUUCGACGGUUGGCCAUCCUGCGGAACGAUCAUCUGUGCGCUGAAAAGAUCCUUCACACCAUGCAGUACUGGCGCUGCGAACUACCCCCGAAGAUGGCGUCCUUCUGGCUAGACCACUGCUCCAGCGGAAGCGCAACCGGUGCCCGGAAUAGUGACAUUACGCUGGGCCGAUUCCAGUACGAUUACACCAGCUGUGUGCUGAACAACGAGAAAGUCUACCCGUUUUCGCUGCCGUUGCCGCGAGCUCGGUACUUUUGAAGAUGCGAAAAAAAAAACGAUGAAAUCUAAAUUUUUAGAAGGACAUUUUGUUUUUAUCGCAGGUGUAAAAAUUGUACUUCUGCGUAUCGUGUUGAAGUCCUUGAGACUGUUUUUGAUGUGACUCCUAAAUAUUGAUAUGUUUACGAAAA